AUGCUGGUUCAUUGGAUGAACAUCGGUCCGGAUGCGAACUACCAAUUCCUGGAGUUCUACAGUGGUUCUGGCAGGAUUACGAAGUUGGCAGGUUUUGUUGGCUACGAGAGUGUGGCUUUUGAUAUUCAGUAUGGGGAGUUGUUGGCGAACCAGCACAUGAAACGAUCGGCCAUGGACAUAAAUAGCAACGCGGGGAUGACGAUAGCAGUUUCACUGCUACUGCGAAGCAGACUGGAUGAAGCUCUGGCGUGGUUUGCGUGCUGCUGCUCUUCAUUUGUCCCUGCCAAUCGUGGCACGAGCCAAAGAAGCUUUCUUACAUGUAUGGGAUGCGAGGAGGUUCCUUCAGUAAGACGGGGCAGCAAGAUGUUCAGCCGGAGCAUCAUUCUGAUGGUCAUUGCUAUAGCGGCUGGAAUGACAAUUUGCCUCGAGAACCCCCAAAACAGCCUCAUAGGCAUGCACGAGAAGUUUAUUUGGCUGGUCCGCCUCCUGAUGGUGUAUCCCUUCAUCUUUGCGCGGCACAUUGUGGAGCUCAUCCCAACAAUGCUGAGAGGCCCUGUACCCAUCUUCCACCAGCCAUGUGCCAGCAGAGUAGAAGCAGAUUCG